GUGGGAAUUCGUAUUCUCAUCUCUGUCCAUCUCUCCCUGCUGGUGCCCCCUUUAGAGCAGAUGAAUUCCUGAGGGGCAUCUGUCAAUUGAACAUCCCAGCAGCAUCCGGUCGGUCUGCUCUGCGCGAAAAGCCUUGCGAGCGGGGCCAGUCCUUGCACCCCGCCAGAAGCCAUUGACACCCUGUGCCAGUACAUAUUGGAUAUUUCAAACACUGCUGUGUGAAGAGAAACACACAUUAUGUUGCUGCGUACUGAUAGCAACAGCUAGUUAGCUUCGAAAUAAUAUAUUUGCCGAGAGGAUGAAGAAAGUACCUGAGCAGAGUGCUCUCAAUCGUCAGAGCUCCCACCAGCACUACCACACAUUUGAUACUCCACCUCCAAAGUCUCGGGGCCGCCCAAAUUCUGGCGAUUCAGGACCCUCGGCUGACAGCUCUCAACACCACGGCAAUGACAGCCCCGAUCACCCAGGCUCCGAGACGCCUUUGCCAAAGAGGCAGAUGGCUGUCUUGGCUAUGAUUGCAUUGUCUGAGCAGACUGCCCUGAACUCAUUCAGCCCAUAUCUUCCGGAUAUGGCUUCCUCAUUUCCAGAAGUUAACCCUGACGAGGUGGGUGUGUACGUGGGCUCGAUCGCGUCAGCCUUUGCGCUGGCCCAGUUUCUUACCAAUUUCUUCUGGGGCUGGCUGUCUGAUCGCGUCGGGCGGAAACCAGUUAUAUUACUGGGGACAAUCUUAACGGCAGCGUGUUUCGUGGCGUUUGGAUUUUGUACGAGACUAUGGCAGGCCAUUGUCGUUCAGGCCCUUAUCGGCGUAGUAAACGGCAACCAGGGUUUGGUGUCUACGUGCCUAGGAGAAAUUACAGACAGAACCAACCAGUCGCGAGUCUUCACCUAUCUUCCCGUACUGUACGGAAUUGGCGGAGUUACAGGACCUCUUCUGGGCGGCCUACUAAUUUUUGAACAAAAUCCAUUCAACAAGAAGGAGCGAAACCCCUUUCCUUAUCUCGCGCCAAACCUCGUCUCUGCCGCCAUCUUGCUUGUAGACUUUAUACUUACAAGCAUCUUUCUUGAGGAGAGUCACCAAGAGGCCGUGGACAACUUGCCCAGGCUUAAGCAGAAAGUUCAUGACUUGUUUAGCUGGCUGUGGCAAUUUACGGCUUUUGCAAAAUCCCCGACAUAUCUGCACUCUCAUUAUCGUCCACUUGGCUAUUAUACCAGAGACAGUCAUGACCAUGAUGAUGGCUUGCCUCCCGAUACAUCGCCCUCUCCGAGCCAUGACCACCAGCAUCUCAGGCGUGCGGAUAUAUUCCAGCGCGACACAAUUUUGAUACUCGUUACAUAUCUUCUUUUCGCCUUCUCCAAUGUCUCGUUCAACUCUCUAUACCCGGUAUUUGCGCAAGCACCUGAGCCUCUUGGACGUGAUCUUGAUCCCUCCGAGAUUGGCCUAACCCAGGGCUUCUCCGGGGUGGUUACGAUCGUCUUUCAGAUUCUCAUCUUUGGUAAACUGAGGGAUAAAAUGGGAAAUAAAUGGACUUAUCGGGCUGGUCUCUUAGGGUUUGUAGUCUCGUUCGCCCUCAUGCCUCUUGUCGGGUACACGAGCGGAUCUCGCAAUGAUAACGGGACUAGCCGACGAUCUCUCGUGGUUAUAGAGUUGUGCGCUGUCCUCCUGAUCAAGACCAUUUCAACAAUUGGAGGCUUAACCAGCGCUCUUUUGUUGAUUACCAACUGUGCCCCAAACCACGCAGUACUGGGAGCUAUCAAUGGCCUCGCACAGAUGCUCUCUGCAGGUGGUCGGACCAUUGGUCCGUUUCUUUCCGGGGGAUUGUUUUCUCUGGCUGCCAAAUCCCCAACACAUGGCGCGUUAUUGGCAUUUAUGGUUUUCUCGGUAACAGCUUUCAUUGGCUUUCUUGCAAGCUUGGGAAUUCGGGGGAGAAAGCUCGAAGCGGGGGGGCUCAUAACGAGAAUGACCCUUAUAAAUCCGACGAUGAGGAGCAUUCCCGGCAGUGAGGGUUCUCCUGUGCCGUAAAUUGCACUUUUCUUAUUCCCAUAGCGCACUGCAGAGGGUAUAAUGUACGGGCUUAGACACCAAUUAUGGAUAUACGGUAUAAUGGCUGCAUGAUUUUCCAGACCUGUCGAAUUAUUCCGCUGUCUUCAUAACCUUGCGCUGUCACAAGUCAUUCCUGAAUUAGAAAUGUGAAAGUGGCUUAGCUAUAUUACACUAUGCUGGCCUGCGUUUAAACUGCAA